CCUCGUCUUUAUCGUAUCACAUCACUCACACCCUCUUCUUAAAAUAAAGUAAAGUGUCUUUUUGUAGUAACAUUUUUCUUUCUUUCUUCUUUCAAAUUUGAACUCAAGAACAAAAAAUGGGAACAGCUACUUUUGUUGAUAUCAUUCUUGCCAUCCUCCUCCCACCUCUUGGUGUCUUCCUCAAAUUUGGCUGUGAAGUUGAGUUCUGGAUCUGUUUGGUGCUUACCCUUUUUGGAUAUCUUCCUGGAAUUAUCUAUGCUAUCUAUAUUAUCACCAAGUGAUCCAUCAUCACCCCUCAAUUUACCUUUUGUGGAUCAUGAAUGGAGUAGUUUUCAGAGGCGUAAUUCAUGUAUUUCAAUUCAAGAUAACAUUGGUUUAGUGUAAAAUUGUUCAGUGAUGGAUUGGACAAAAGUGAUUUUUGUUGUAUACUACUAUAGCAUAUUUCUGUGUCAAUAUUCCUUUUCUCUUUUUGCUCUAUUGUCUUGUUUGGAAAUGUAAGUGUGAAGCUUGUGUAGUGGAAUUGAACUGUAGACUGUAGUACUACUAGUUCUCGUCUCAAUAAUCUUGUUCAUGUAUCUUGAGUCUUGACUUUAAUAUUAUAUUCAUUAAAUAUAUUCAAUGUUAAAGAGUCA